AAUGCAUAUACCUCCAUAUAUACUAGUCAUAGUUACCAGGAGACGAUGACGACUGGUAAUUUGAAUGUUUUCUUUAAUCUCUCCCCAUAUAUUCAUUCAAUUCAACGCAUUAUCAUUAAUUAACAAUCCAUCUUCUUCAGCACGAGCUUCUUAGAUCGAAACCUUUGGAUUAGUUUUUUGUAUUCACAUGGUAUUGUGGUUAGUCCCCUCGUGGCCGACUUUACGUACACGGCCUGUCUGCAAAUUUGUUACUGGAAAUGAGUUAUCGGGAAACUGCAGAAGAAUUGUUAGGUGGAAAUGUACAAGAAGACCGGAGAUAUUGCCAUGUGUUAGUAAAGAGAGAACUGGGUUACGAGUUUUUGUACUCUCGGACUUGCACACUGACUAUGCUGAGAACAUGAUGUGGGUUAACCACAUCUCGAUGGUGACACACAAGAAAGAUAUUUUGCUUGUUGCCGGUGAUGUAGCUGAGACAUUCAAGAAUUUUGUUCAGACCAUGUCUCUUCUAAAAGACAGAUUUGAACAUGUUUUUUAUGUACCGGGGAACCAUGAUCUUUGGUGUCGGUGGGAGAAAGAAAAAUAUCAUGACUCUCUUGAAAAGCUUGACAAUUUGCUUGAUGCAUGUAAAAGAAUGGGUGUGGAGACCAGCCCUAUGGCCAUAGAUAGUUUAGGGAUCAUCCCUUUAUUCUCUUGGUACCAUGAGAGUUUUGAUAGAGAAGAGGAAAUUACUGGUGUUCGCAUUCCACCUCUGGAGAUGGCUUGCAAGGACUUUCAUGCUUGCAAAUGGCCUGAUCAGCUAUCAAAGGAAGGCGUUUCUCUUGCACAGUACUUUGAUACGAUGAAUAACAGUAAUCAGAAUGCAGUCUCCGAUAUCCAGAGGACAUGCAACCAAGUUAUAUCUUUCUCACAUUUUCUUCCCAGGCAAGAGCUAUGCCCAGAAAAAAGAAUGCUGUUUUAUCCCAACCUCCCAAAAAUUAUUGGCUCUGAUUUCCUCGAGACGCGAGUUAGAUCUAUACAUAGUGUUAAUGGGAGCAACUCUGCUUGUCAUGUGUUUGGCCAUACACAUUUUUGUUGGGACGCUGUUCUUGAUGGUAUCAGGUAUGUUCAGGCACCAUUAGCAUAUCCAAGAGAGCGUAAAAGGAGAAUGAAUGGUGGUGAAGACUGGCUGCCGUUUUGCAUAUACUCUGAUGGUCAAUUAGCUGAUCCUUUAUCUCCUUGCUUUUGGUCUGAUUAUUACUCUGAAAACCCAAGGACCCCUCAUGUCACACAACUUGCGCCUUGGGUAGCCAAAUACUACCUCCAUCGAAAGAUCUAGUGAUCAUACAGAACUCUGACUUCACUCGGCAAUGCCUCCAAUUAUCAGUGUUUUUCAUGCGUUCUGCUGUAAAAUAGAAUAGGCAAAGCCUGUGGUGCUUGUGGAUAGUCUUCUAUACAUAUGGGAUUUGUUUCUCUACAUAAUGAAAUAUUUAAUGUAAAAUAGAGAAUGUAUUGUUAACAUUUUACAACAUAUGCGUAUAUUUCUUUGAUUUAAACU